AUAUCAAAAUAAUUAUAAAACUUUUAUUGAAAGUUUACAACAAAAAAAGUUUAUUAAAGAAAACAAAAAAAAAUUAAAAUAUUUUGUCUGACACUGACUUAAAAUUCACAGCACCAUUUUUGGCAUGUUUAUUAGAAAAAAAAUUGAGAAAUAAAUGAAACAUCCAAAGCUGAACAUAAAGGUCAAGAAGUUAUAAAAAAAUGGACCAAUCUUCGUGACUCGUUUUCAAAAUACUAUAAAAAAGUAAGAAAAGUGGUUCAGGAGCAAAAAAAAUUAAAAAAUAUGUGUACUUUGAUCAAUUGAAGUUUUUACAUAAGCUUUAUGUUAAAAGGCCGACUUCAAACAGCUUAGAACCGAGAAAUGAUAAAGCAGAUGAAGAAGAAGAUGGUAUAGAGCAAGAACAACAAGCUUCUGAUGAUAUUUCGGAUGUUUCUAAGUCAUUAAUAGAAAAACCGAGAAAUUCACAAAAAAAUAGGAAAAAUAAAAACCAGAAUGAUAUUGAUUUGAGAAUUUUAAAAUUAUUAGAAGAACCGCAACCACCCUGCAAUAAAAUGGCCUUUUUACAAAGUCUCAUGCCUCAUUUACAAAAUUUUAAUGAUCAAGACUACUUAAAAUUUCAAAUGGGAGUUUUAAAGGUUAUUGAAAAUAUCAAUGAAAGCAAGAAAGAACAACAUUUUUUUCCACAAUCCAAUUUGGCACCUUAUGAACAAUUUUUACCUCAGUCUCAACCACUUUAUGUAAAUACAUCAAAUUCUACUCAAUAUCAUCCUAAACAAUUGUACAACACUCCUACCCAGUCCAAUGUUUGCUUAUCUCAGCCAUAUACAUCUGGAAAUCAACAAGUACUCAUACCACAACAAAUACCAUCAUGUAGUAAGCAACCACCUUCAGUGACUACCCUCCAUGAUGUGACCCAUCCAGAACUUGAACAGGAUAGCCCGUCUCUAAGUUCAAUAGCAUCCUCAAUUUCUGACAGCAUCGACUUUAGUUCAAGUAUCUAACUAUUUUUAACAAACUAAUUAUACAUAUUUUUAAAGCAAAUAUAAUAUGAUACGUAAAAAUAUUAUAAAAUUAACAUGUAAAAACACAUAGUAAGAUUUUUUUCAAGUUUUUUUAAAAUGCUUACACUGUAAUGUUUAAUAUAAUAAUAAAGGUACGAGUUUUUUUAAUUUGUAAUUUUUCUUUCUAUCGUAAUUUAUAUUAAGUAUAAUCAAUAAACUAAAAUAACACUAAUAUUAUUACUUACCUCAAUGUAAUCGAUAACACCUCAACUGGUUGUAUACAGUUUCUAAACUGCGUGUUUUUUCGCUGAAGCGUAUGUUGGAGUUUUCCAUGUUGUUACGAGAGUAACAAAUAGAAUAAAAUAAAAUAGUAUUGCCGAAUAAUUAAUUAGUUUAUUAAAAAUAAAAGUGAUAGUAUUCAUACAAUAAUUGUCAAAUGACUGACGAUGCUCUGCAUUACAAUCGUCGCAGUCGGCCCACUUCCCGGUUUUGCAACACCGAAAAAUACUUUAUAGACACAUUGUUUUAGGCCGACCUCAAUUACAAUUCAAUUUAUGAUUAUCUGUUAUUACAAUUGUGGGACAAUAUUAAAACUAAGUUAAGUAUUCAUAACAA